CCACUCCCAAUGAUAAAUCAUAGGAAAUUACAAGGUUGAAUGUAUACGAACAAAAGAAAAGAAAACGAAAAAUAAUCGUAACUGUAUUUAAUUUUUGGCGGGAACAUGGCUCAUAUUUCUGUUGUUCAGCGGAGCUUCAAAUAAGAAUCAAAAUGGCGGACGAGUUUGAAGAUUUUCAGCAAAACUUUCUCGUUAUUUGACGAUCGUUCAGCUGUUUAACGAAAUAUAAGACAAAAACAUGAAMUUAUUGAAUUGCACAUAUGUCUAAGAGGAAGGGAGCUGCCCUAGCACUUUUAAAAACCUACUUGAAUGAAGAAGAUGACACGGAUAGCUCUGGAGAAGAACAUGAUGAGUUUGCCGUGCAGAAAGCAGAUGUGGCCGUGGCUCCAAAGCGAGCAAGGGAAAGUUCUGAUGAGCCAAAAGAACCUGAGAGUGUUAGCUUGCCACUUCCAAAGGGAAUAUUGAACAUGUUUACAGAUGAUAAAGAGGUUUAAUUGUGUAAUAGACAGACCACAGUUAUAUGUCAAUGAUGAGAAAACAAGGUCCUUUCUUGGGCUAAAUAUCUUCACAGGAGAAGAAAAGCUAAAAGGUCUAACCUCUGUUGUGGAUGAGAUCUUUUGUGGAUUCUCAUUACCAAAAUAUUAUGAGAAACCAUCAUUCCAUGUGAGUGUUGCAUGGUGUCUUGGUGACAUUUUUACCCAAAUAACCAAAACAGAUGAAGAAAAUCUACAGGCAGCCUUUGAAUCCACAAUGGCCACCAAACCACCAAAGUUGUUGUCAUUUGAUGUGGAKGAGGUGAAGUGCAAGAUUGGAAACAAACUGUUCAGUUUUUCUCUGGCUUGAUAGUUUAUCAGGAAUAGCUUAUUGUAAACAAGUGGUUAUGGAAAGACUGCUCCUUUUGCAAUGAGAAACMCUUAUUCGGRAAGCAUUUCUUUGGGGAAUUAUUGAUYACAUUUGCGCUUUGAUUGAGMCUGUACGCGAUAAACUAUGCCAAACUUAAUGAGGUUCGAAAUAACAAGUUAUCUUUGACUGGAAKSGGGAACUUCAACAGAGUUAACAGGAUCAACGGAUGGUUUUGAAUGAUAGAUUUUUUCUCUUACUAUGAUUUAAAAUCAUGAGAGCAUCUUCUUGUGUUAUCCUUUUGCGAUAAUCACCUGCAGGCAUAUCCGUGAAGGAGGUGGCUGUUUCCUUGUCUUGUYAGGGAAUGAUUCUUUCUCUUGCCUGACACACUGCAAUCUUAAUGCUUUUCCAUUGUAUUGUUUUAAAAAUAAUCAAUACAUUGAUUAUUGAUGAUAGCGCGUCGAUUAUGUUUUUUUGUCAUUUUAGAUGUAUGAUUUAUUUC